AUCUGGAGCUUCUCCUGUUGUUGGAUUGUUGUUUCCAGAAAGGAGGAUGGUGUUGGACAAGGAGGAGAGUGUGUCCCUGGUGUCCCUCCAGUCCAGAGAGAAGCCUCGGGGCUGCGCCGGCUGCAACGGGAAGAUCCGGGACCGCUUCAUGCUGCAGGCUCUGGACCGGUUCUGGCACGAGGACUGUCUCAAGUGUGCCUGCUGCGACUGCCGGCUGGGUCGCGUGGGCUCCAGCCUCUACACCCGGGCCAACCUCAUCCUGUGCCGCAGGGACUACCUGAGGCUGUUCGGGGUAACGGGGAACUGUGCCGCCUGCAGUAAGCUGAUCCCGGCCUUCGAGAUGGUGAUGAGAGCCAGAGACAACGUCUACCAUCUAGACUGCUUCGCCUGUCAGCUCUGCCGCCAGAGAUUUUGCGUGGGAGACAAGUUCUUCCUGAAGAACAACAUGAUCCUGUGCCAGCUGGACUACGAAGGAGGCCCCGGUAACGGCAGCAGCGCCGAGAGGCCGCCUCAAUAACAGAGGAGACCUCAGAGAUCCAGCUGGACUCAGAGACUCAAUCAGGUCCUGUUUCACUCUGAUGGACUCAAUGUUUCUCAUGAACUCUGAAUUAAAGAGCUGCAUGAAGAAAAACUCUGAGAAAGGUUUCUGAUCAGACGGAGAUCAACCAGAACCUGGAAACUACCAGGAGGAGAUUUGAUCUGGACUCUGGUGGUUCUGGCUCCGUUUCUUCUCCUUCUAGGACCUGAUUUUAGAAUAAAGGGGACAAAACGCUGGACAAAAGCACCAAAUCUGUUCCACAUGUUCUCUAUCACCAUAAGCUUACAUUUUUGGUAGGAGCCACAUCAGAGAUGGCAGCCAUAUAAAAUCUAUGAGAACCAA